AUCAAAGUUGGCCAAAGAUUUGGUUCAUUCACCACUUCUGCUUCUGCUUCUAUUUGUUCUCACAGAAAACCUCAGGAUAGGAGUAAAAGAUUCAACAGGAGUUAAGGUUGAAUUGGAAUUGAAGGAGAUUGAGGUUAAGUUAAAGUCGAAAGAGAUUAAGGUUGAGUUGGAGUUGAAGGAGGUUGAGGUUGAGUUGGAGUCGAAGGAGAUUGAGGUUGAGUUGGAGUUAAAAGAGGUUGAGGUUGAGUUGGAGUUGAAGGAGGUUGAGGUUGAGUUGAAGUCGAAGGAGGUUGAGGUUAAGUUGGAGUCGAAGAAAAUUGAGGUUAAGUUGGAGUUUUUGGAGUUGAAG